CGGAUAGAGCCAGUCAGAUGGCUGUCGGGCUGCGCCUGUAUCUUCAGAGCUGCGCUGGGAGCUGUCCACACGCCGAGAGCUGCUUCCACAGAACACACUGGGACUGAGAGAGAGUGUUGAAGAAAAACAGACAAGAAAAUGACCUUAAUGUGACAGGACAUUGCAACAGGAUAAAGAAAGCAGCUACAUGAAUAUAUAUGUAUAUAUGUAAAUACACAGUAGUUUCAAUGAUGAAGCUGCAGUUGGAUUUUUCUCCCAGUCCGGAAGCUGCUCGAGACAUGAGGUUAUUCUUUGUAAAUAUUUAAGUAUCUUCCAACGUGCAGUUUGAACCCACAAGACGUGAAGACAGUAUGGCAAACCUACACUUGGAAAAAGGCAAGAUGUAUGAGGUAAUGGAGGACUGCAGAUAUCCAUGAAACUACGAUACUCCAUAUCCCAAUAGAAGCUUGCUUUUAGAAAUGGAAUUCUAGAAGACUUGCUGGAAAAGAGGAAAGGAAGUAACCCUUAGAACUGUAUUGGCCAAGAAAAAUCCAUGGGAGAAGUUUGCUUUUGGGUCCAAAGGAUGGAGCUGAUAAUGAAAGGAUAUUCCAUAGGCUGUGAGAUUCUGACAGUUAGGAAUUACUGAUUCCACCGUCACUGUGUACAGAAGAACUGCUGAACAAACAUGUCAAAGAAAGGACGUGGGAAGGGCGAAAAGCCCGAGGCAUUAAUAGAUGCAUUGCAAGCUGCCAAUGAGGAGCUCCGGGCUAAACUGACCGAUAUUCAAAUAGAACUUCAGCAAGAAAAAGGCAAGGUGAAUAAGCUAGAAAGGGAAAAAGUUCAAGAAGUGAAGCAAGUGCGGGAACUGGAGCAGCAUAAGCAUACAGUGCUUACCACAGACCUCAAGGCCAAACUCCACGAAGAGAAAAUGAAGGAGCUGCAAACAGUCCGCGAGAUCCUGCUAAAGCAACACGAACAGGAACUAGCCCGCGCAAUCAAAAUUAAGGACAGCGAAAUCCAGCGACUCCAAUCCACUCUGAAUGUACUACGGGAUGGGGCAGCUGACAAAGUUAAAACCGCCUUGCUCAACGAAGCCAGGGAAGAAGCUCGGAAGGGCUUUGACGUUGAGCGCACCAAGCUGCAGCAGGAGAUAGUGGAACUGAAAUCCACAAAGAGGCAGGCGGAGGAAUCCCUGAACUAUAUUGUACAGGCUGACAAGAAGAAAGCUGCUGACCUGAGAAGUGCUCAUCAGUCCCAUCAGGACGAGAUAACCAGAAUAAAGAGAGAAUGUGAGAGAGACAUUCGCAGGCUGAUGGAUGAGAUAAAGAGCAAAGACCGAGUCAUUCUGACCCUGGAGAAGGACCUUGGUGUUCAAACAGGUCAUACACAGAAGCUAAUUCUUCAGAAGGAAGCCCUUGAUGAGCAGCUGGUGCAGGUGAAAGAGGCUGAGCGCUACCACAGCAGCCCCAAGCGGGAGUUUCCAGGUGGUGUUGGGGACACCUCAGAACUGAUGGGGAACCAAAUUAAGCCAUUAAAGGAGCAGUAUUCCUUAAAGGGGAACUUUAGUGUCAGGGAACCACUGUUGGAUGAAAGGGAUGUGCGGAGGUUCCAGUUGAAGAUUGCCGAACUAAAUGCUGUGAUUCGAAAGCUGGAAGACCGAAACACUCUGCUAGCAGAUGAGAGGAAUGAACUGUUGAAACGCGUUCGGGAGACAGAGGGUCAGUUGAAACCACUGGUCGAAAAGAACAAGCGCUUGACUAAGAAGAAUGACGACGUCAUGCAGUCCAUACAGAGGAUGGAAGAUAAGUUAAAAAAACUGACCAGGGAAAACGCAGAAAUGAAGGAAAAGUUAGCUUCACAGGGACAGCUAAGACGCCAUACUUCGCUGAAUGAUCUGAACCAAAUGCAAGACGAGCAAGAAAUGGAGUUCUUGAGACUCCAGGUGGUUGAGCAACAACACAUUAUUGAUGAUUUAACAAUGGAGCGGGAGAGAUUGUUACGCCCUAAGAAACAGAAAAGAAGAAGCACAAAACCUCACAAGAGGCAUGUUGUAGAGACAUUUUUUGGAUUUGAUGAGGAAUCAGUAGAUUCAGAAACCUCUUCAGUAGCCUCGUAUACAACGGACAGGACACCAGCAACUCCAGAAGAAGACCUAGAUGAGGCCAUAAACAGGGAAGAAUCUGAAUUGAGAUUCCGUCAGCUUACUAGAGAAUACCAGGCUCUCCAGAGAGCUUAUGCACUGCUUCAGGAGCAAGUUGGUGGAACUCUGGAUGUGGAGCGGGAAACCAGGACUCGCGAACAGCUACAAGCUGAUCUCCUCCGAUGUCAAGCCAAAAUUGAAGACCUGGAAAAAUCACUUGCUGAGAAAGGGCAGGAUUCAAAAUGGGUGGAAGAUAAGCAGUUACUUUUUAGAAGCAACCAGGAACUUUUAGAAAAGAUUCAUAAAUUGGAACUUGAAGAGUUUAGACUACAGAAUGAGAUGCAAGAUGCAAAGGACCAGAAUGAACUGCUAGAGUUCAGAAUCUUAGAGCUUGAAGAGCGGGAACGAAGAUCACCGGCUUAUAACUUGCACAUAUCAGCAUUUUCUGAGAGUGGAAGUGCCCUCCAACUCUAUUGUCAGCAAGAGGGUAUUAAGGAUGUGGUCAUUCCUGACCUAAUGAAGAAACUUGAUAUCCUGGGAGAUAAUGGGAACCUAAGAAAUGAAGAGCAGGUUGCAGUAAUUCAAGCUCGUACUGUGCUUUCGCUGUGUGAGAAGUGGCUGAAACAAAUUGAAGGCACAGAGGCUGCUCUUCAUCAGAAGAUGUUGGACCUGGAGAAUGAGAAGGAGCAGUUUAGCAAACAGAAGGGCUACCUAGAGGAGGAGCUGGAUUACAGGAAGCAAUCUCUGGACCAUGCCUAUAUGCAAAUUCAGGAGCUGGAAGCCACCCUGUACAACACUUUGCAACAAUGCCCUGGAAACAGAGUGAGUGAAUCCCUGACGGAGAAUCAAAAGGAAGAGUUAAAGUUAGCAGUUGAGAAGUGGCGACGCCAGGUCUUGAGACAGAGCCGGGAGUAUGAUGGCCAGAUCUUACAGGAGCGUUUGGAACUGUUGCAACAUGCCCAUCAGGUAUUAAAUGUGCCCAUCGGGUAUGAGUGGUACCCAAUUCCACAGGAAAUGCUACACUUCUCUCUUUAAAUUAAUUGUUUUGAAAGCAACAAGGUUAAUUGGACUGAGUAUGCCCAUUUAACAGCCAGUUCAUUUUGAUCUGCUUUGCAGAACCAGUAAGCAGCAUUAAAAACAUUUCUGUUGA